UUCUGUAACAAGCUGCAGCCCUCUCAUGAUACUCCUGUCAUUGAAAGAGUCUGGUACUUCACUGUGACAACAAUGAAGUCCAUCGCCAGUUUCUCCUCGUCUGUCAGAGCUGCCUGUCACAACACUUCAGCCUGUUUUCCUCUAUUUCGGGGUUUGAACUUGUGCAGUCCACUGGUGAGAUGCUCUAACGUGGAUUUUACAAGCAAAACUGUAAUUGCACAACAACCGUGUGUAACUGGCGUGCGUUCUUUUCAUAACACACACGUAAACACAGACGCAGUGCAGCAGGUGAGUGCAGCCCCUCUCCCCACCCCGGUGACCUUACCACUGAACACAGAGGAUGGACUGACCGUGCACCAGAUUGGCAGACACAUGCCACCUACAGUAACUGCAUGGCCAGCCCCACACCUGUCUCCAUACAGCCCAUACACCAAACCACAGAGCAAUGCAGCUGCACGAGUCAACAUCCGGUCAAUGAUUGAAGGGGGGGCGAUCCCUGAGCUGUGCUCCAGGCUGGCAGGCUUCCCCAGCAAUGACAGGGCAGAGGGACUGGCCACUUUACUCGGAGCAUGUGUUGAAUUUGGCCUGGAGGCGAACAGUCCUCUCGUCCUCACGCUGAUAAAUGAGUGCCUGGAGCUACUCUCCAGCAGGGACGUGGAGGUGACACAGCUCUGCCACCUGGGCGAGGUGGCAUACGCCCUGGAAGGCCGCCAGUCAGCCCUGGUGACAGAGGUCCUGGACUCUUUAUGGGUUGCCGCAGAAGAGGAUGUUGUCUCUCCCUGCGAGGCUGCCAGAAUCUACUCCCUGCUGGCUCUGUGUCACGAUCCUGCCAGCCAGCAGCAGAAACUGUCCACAGUGCUGCCCACUUUGCACGGACACACACAGAGACAGGUCUGCCGGCUCAAAGCCAGUCAAGACAGUGAGAUACUGCAGUCCCCGUUGGAGCAACAGCAGAUACAGGCUAUUUCCUUGGUGUGGAGGCUGAGCCACAAAGUAUCCAGAUACUUGAAAUAUUUUAGUGAUGAUGAAGUUAUUAAGGUGCUCCAUGCACUGAUGAUCCUGGGACAGCAUGAUCAAAAGCUCCUGGCUGCUAUGGAGAAAUACCUACCAGAGAGGCUGGGAACAUGUGAUCCGGAGCUGAUCAGCACCCUCAUGGAGUACUGUCUGCAAACGAGGUUCCGCUCUGAGCCGAUCUUAGAGGCUGUGGCUGAGAACUUUGUUUGCCAUGCAGAGAGGCACAGCACCCUUCAGAUAGCCAAGCAGAUAGUUGCCAUGGGGAGACUCAACUAUCUGCCACAGUGUUCCAAUGAGAUGUUCAAAAAGCUGGAGAGUAUUUUGUCAACAAGGCUUUUCCAAUUCCAGCCUCACUCUCUAAUAGAGGUGUUGCACGCUUGCAUUCACCUGGAACGCUUCCCACUAAACCACAUGCCCAAAGUCUUCAGCCCAUACAUACAGCUGCAGGCACAGGGGGAGCCAUUGGACAAUAAUGCACUGGGACAACUGACACAGCUCCAUCUGUGCACCUUAUUAGAGUGCACUCACUACCUGGGUCCCAGACUGCCUCACUUCCUCCAGGUAAAGAAGUUCUCCUCUGUGGGCCGGGCCUUUGAGACACCUAUGCAGGGUUCCCUGUACCAAAAGGUCAAAGGGCCGCUGAUAGAGCUGCUGGGGGGAAAGUUUUACUCCACCAGAUUCUUUCACAGAGGAUACACAAUAGAUGUGGAAAUAGUUCUUGAUGAAGAGGGAUAUGUUCUGCCUCCUUAUCAGCGGGAAAACACACACAGAAGGAUAGCAGUGUGUUUGGAUAGUCGAAACCGUUUCUGUAGCAACACACCGCACCUGCUGGGGAAGGAAGCCACGAAGAGGAGACACCUCCGCAGGAUGGGCUAUGAGGUGGUGCAGAUCCCUUACUUUGAGAUUGAGAAGCUGACACUUCAGAAGGAAAAGGUACAAUAUCUUCACGACAAGAUAUUUCCCUUCAUCUCCAAGUCCAAUCACUGAUAUUACUACCUAACAAGCUCAACUAAAGAUUCCUCAGUGACUUUUAUUGGUUCUUACUUAAGAUGCUGUACAAACGAAUCAAUCUUCCAAAAAGUGGUGCAGUCUUUUACCUGAGUGAGGGACGUAUGUAUGUACAAUAUGACGAAGUGGCAAAAAUGUAUUGUUGUCUGAUAUUCAUAUUUAGCACAUGCAUAUCCUACUGGGAGGAUACUAAUGUCUUGAAAUACAGCAGAAUAAACAUUCAACAGGCCAGGUAACAUUUUAAUUGAAGUAACUAAAAUAAAAUAAUAAAAAAUAAAAUAAUCAUCUGGUUGUUCCCUUAGUAAAUAUUUUUUAAAAGAUGAAUAAAUCCUUAUUUCCCUUGCCAUUUGUGUGACUAUCUUAGAUUUGCACCUCAUGACCUGAGUUUGUCGUGGAAUUAAUUUGAAGAUGUAUUAAAAUAUCUGACAUAUAGCAAUUUAAAUAUGCAUCAAACAUGUUUUGACAAACACACAGAAAUCUGACCAACAGUCACAGUCUCUUCACAGGAAACUUCUGCUUGAUUAAGAUCAGAGCAGCUCUGAUUCAAGAAAUCCCAAGUGUGUUCUGAUAUCAAAAGUAGAACAUAACAGGAAACAACAGGACAUUAAAACCUUAGUUACACAGAAACAUUGACGCACAAACCUGCAAGAUAAAAGAGACAACAAGUCUCAAUCAGAGUUGUUCUGACUUUUGGAUUUGUCUAUCAUCUGUUUUUGAUACUUGCAAACUAAAUCCUGCACAAGGCUGCUAUUCGAAUCUACCUGGUCGUCAGUAGUUUUUCUUUAAAGAUUUUCUACAACAAGUUCAUCACUAUUUGAAUGGUUACUGUUACAGUGACUGAUUUCAGGGAGCCAAAUAAUAUUGUUAAUGUUUUUGCUGUUAAUCUAUUUUGAUGUUAAAUGGACAUUACAGUAAAGUGACUAUUUAUGUGAUUAAUUUAAAUACAACACAUGUAAAUAAUGAUCAGAAUGUGAAGUCAUUUGUUUGA